UGGAGCCAACACUUUCACUCUCGGCGACAGCAGCCCAGCCUGCCAGUGCUGCCGCGCCGCCGCCCUCGGCCGACCGCUUGCUUGCUCGGGCGCACGGGCCACUGCGAUCGAUCGGCACCCCGUGUCAAUCUUAUGCUUCGUUGCGCAUGGGCUCGCCAACUCGUUGCUCUGCUGAAUAUCGAGAUCGUGUUGUGAAAAACUCAUGGUUAUUUUUAGUUCUGCCGUGUCGUCCGUUCGAUGUGGUUAUCCAUGGCAUUUCGGAGCGAAAACCUUCAGUUUUCUAAAUUUUCAUUACUUUUAAGCGAUAGUAAAAAAUAACAAUAUUGUGUUUUAUAGAAAUUGUGUUGUGUCAUAGCGUGUAAUAAUUGUGCUGACAGGUGAAAACACAGGUGUCCAAAAUCAAGUGACGGAAACCCAGAGAAAGUCGUUAAUUCCGCUAUUCAAUUUCUAAGUUUGUUUAGCUAGUGUAAACAUCAACUAUUGAGGUUUCGUAACCCAAGUCGCCAUUGUAAGAAAUCUUGAGUAAUGAUGUACAUAUUUGUUAAUUUAAAUACGUCCAACUAGAACACGGAAUACCAAUUGGGCAGAUACAGAUUCAUGUGACGUUUGGAGUGGUGUCCAAUUUUGUAGUGUCAAGGUUGUCGGGUCAGACAGACGGACUGAACAGCAGCAAUCUGUAGCGAGCUGCGGCGCGUGAUGCGCAUAUGACGAGCGUCACGACGCUCACUGUAAAUAAAUAAUGACCUAAUUGUACAUACGAAACUCGCUAUUUCUGAGGCUGACUUACAUCGUAACAAGGUAAAGUCUUGUUUUAUCAGUGUCUCGCUUGUGAUCCUGAUAUUUUAUUUUCGACAAAGCUCUAAGCUAUUAUGUCGCUGACAGGUGCCGACAAAUAAUGCGGCACCGUAUUUAAACUCGGACAAAAUGCCACAUUACGACGAAAGUUUUAUAUACGAUGACAAUCAAAACCAACGAAGAAAUAAAAGAAGUUAUCGGGUGUAUAAAAAUGGUCUAAGCCCGAUAAACUUUUUAGAAUCGAACGAUGUAUUUCAUAAUCUCGAAGAGAGAGGAACGUCAGUUCUGAAAAAUAACAUAAAAAACAUUAAACAUCGAAAUAACCGUAAGGUAGAGUCUUUAGUACAAAAUAGAAAUACACAGUACAAGACACCAGACAUAAUAGUAGACCACUGUCCACGGAUUAGUGUGUUUGAUCCAAGUAAAUUAAUUAUUGAUAUAAGGAAUAAUAAUAAAUCACUAACACCUUGUAAAAGUUUUGAUAAUCUGACGAUCAAACCUGUGAAGAAGAAUGAUGUGAGAAGAGAGAAGAUUCGAAAUGGAUUCAGCCUGCAAAAUUUAUUGGAUGACGGGAAAUUGAAACAUUACGUCUCCCCUUCAGAAGAUAUUUCAGUGGCAACGCGGAGUGAUGAUGUUAAAAAUUCAUACUCCGUCGUGGAUGCGCGUCGUCGCCCCUUGCAGCGACGCAUACUGAGGAGCGCGCCCGCGCCCGGAGUCGGCGUGUACCGCCAGAUCAGCGGGGAAAGACACGCGGCAGUCAAUAAUGUCCACGAGACCGAGGCUUGCGGAGAAGCGGGCUCGGGGCACCGCGGCUCGCUGCGCGGCGCCAACAAGCUGGCGCGGCGCGCGCGCUCCUUCAAGGACGACCUACUGGAGCGCAUCUCCAACAUGCGCUCGCCGGCGCAGCAGCAUCACCCGCCGCACCUCUCCUCGGCUAUCAGAUCACAUUCCCCGCUUAGUCCGAAACUUCGGAACAUGGGGGCGAAGUCUGCUGCGGCCGAGGAAGGGGAAGUCACGCCUGCCAAAGAACUGGAACGGCUAGUCAAAGAGGUUACGUUCGGGUUGAAACACUUCUCUGACGUUAUAACAAAAAGGAAGCUAGAAAUGCUGCCUGACAACGGCACGAUAGUCUUCGAAUCUAUUGCUAAUAUACACAAAGAAAUAAAACCGUACUGCGCUCGCUCGCCGCAGUUGAUGAGCGCCGUUAAGCGUCUGUGCACGGCGCUGGCGAUGCUGAUCCGUUUGUGCGACGAGAUCACGGCCGUGAGCUUGCGAGCCGACGCGGGGAAUGAGGAGCUGGAUACAUCUGCGGCGGCGCUGUCGCCGGAGCACGUCAGUGCGGUCGUUAAGGGCGUGACGGCGGCGGUGACGGACGUAGCGGCGUUAGCUCAACAGCACAUGACACGGCCCGCGUUGUCCCCGCGACCUGCGCUCGUCUCGCCGCGAGCUAAUACGCAGAGGAACUCCUUGCCGGAUAUCCCUCUGACUCCCAAAGAGUUAUCGUUGCUGACGGGAGAGGGCGGCAGCGAGUCGGCCGGCGUGAGAGCCUCGCACUCCUCUGAAUCGGUGCUGGAUGCGCCCGAUUCGCCCCCGCCGAAGCCAGCGAGGCCCAAUAGGAAAAUCGAGUUAGCCCCACCUUUGCCGCCCAAGCGCAAGUCUGCCAACGACAACUCCCUUCUCGCGCUGUCCAUCGACAGGCUUUCGCUACAAUCGCACAGCAGUGGUUCAUUGGACUCCAUGUUGAACGUGUCAAACGACGAGGAGCGCAACUCCCAUGAGGCCAACAACCACGACCAUGUUUUCAUCACACAGCCUAAUGAUAUGCUAGGCGUGUGCAGCUGCAACGCGGCGGGCGAGCUGCGCGCGUCGCUGGAGGCGCACGAGGCGCACGCGCACGCGAACGCGCACUCCAACCACAACCGCUUCUCCAAUGAGUCCGGGUUUGUUUCUGUGGGCCACACGGAGAUCUCUACAGAACACAGUUUCACAUCUUCGUUCUCCUCGCAUCAUUACUCCAGCCACUCAGAUAGUCAUUUUGACAGUACAGACUGUGUGAGCGAAUUGAGAUGCACUCGACAAAGCUUUGAGAGCCGCAUGAAUAUAAUGAAUAUGAACAGUGUAGCCACGCACCAUUCUUCAAAGCUGGCCAGCAUCACGUCGGACGACAGCGAGACGCCGCCCGAGCUGCCGGCCAAGACGCGCCGCAACAUUCGCGCCGACGUGCAGCAACACUUCCCCACUGUCGAAAUCAGACAAACUCCAGUGUGUUCCCUUCAUGGCGAGGCGCGGCCGCACACGCUGGCCGACCACCACCCGCCGCGCCCCCCGCCGCUGCCUUUGAAGAAAAAACACAUGUUCCAAAGCGUCGCGUACAGUGUAAUGGCGUACAUGGAGAUGUUUGGGAACUGCAGUCACCCGCCAAACAGCGCGGCCGCUCCGUCGGAUAUGUUCCGGCACUCCAUACACACGUAUAACUUGGCCAGUGGACAACAUGCAACAGCAGCAGGAGUGAUAAAUGUCCAAAGACACCAACACGUACAGCGCACUAUAGCGCAGUCCUUCACGGUCCAGCAUUUUGGUACGCCACCGCUAAGUGGUUCCGAUGAAAGUAUGGUCGGAUGGAGUGGAACUAGUCCGUUACCAAUAGAACCUCCAGCGUUACCGCCCAAAACAAACAAAAAUAAACAGAUCCAAAUGAAUUCGAGCAACGAACUAUUGCCUCCGCCGUCACCACGGCCCUCGUCUCACAACAGCUCUGCUGAUGAAUCUAUUAUAAAUAAUGUGAAUUCUGACGAUUCUUACGUGAGUUCGACCACGCCUGGUAAAUUCCCAGUGGAAGAUGAGUUGGAGACGCUCGCUCCGCCGCCUGCGCCUUCGCCGGUGCCGUCAACGAGAAGUGAAGGCAGCACUGAGCCGGCAGUACCUGCUACUGAAACUAACAAUACUCCAGCAGCGUCCACUGAUGCCGAAGACAUAAUCAUUCAGACGGACAUCAGCUCGUGGCUACUCCUCAAGGCUCCCAGCAAGGACGGGCCUGAGGUGCGGGGAGGGAACCCCGACGCACUUAUUGUCCUUGCUACCAAAGCUACCAAAGAAACGGACGAGUAUUUCGCUUACCAGGAGGCGUUCCUGGCCACGUACCGCACGUGGGUGUCGCCGAGCGGGCUGGUGGCGCGGCUGGUGCGGCGCGCCAAGCACUUCAGGCCGCGCCCGCACGAGUUGCGGUCUACGCUCAGCCUGCUUACUCGAGUCGUGGCGGACCUCACGAUGUCAGAUCUGGAUCGCCCGUUGAUGCAAGAGAUAAUGGAAUUCAUCUAUUGGCUAGUCGAGGUUGAGGAGCUGCCAAUAGCAAAAGCACUGAGGCAAAUACUAGUCGACAAACAAAAACAGUUGCACUUCCAACAGACGAACAACAGAUAUGAGUACGACACACCGUGCUACGGUUCUGUGUCGCUACGUCGCGAUACAUUGCUCGACUUCAAGGCGACGGAGUUAGCAGAGCAGAUGACGUUGUUGGAUGCAGCACUGUUUGUGCGGAUCACGACCGCGGAGGUGCUGUCAUGGCCGCGAGACCAGUCUGAAGAGAGCUCGCCGAACCUGACCAGGUUCACGGAACACUUCAAUAAGAUGAGCUACUGGGCGAGAUCGAGGAUAUUGGAACAGGACGAAGCGCGUGAACGCGAGAAGUACGCCAGCAAAUUCCUGAAGGUGAUGAAGGCGCUGCGCAAGAUGAACAACUUCAACUCGUACCUGGCGCUGGUGUCGGCGCUGGACUCGCCGCCGGUGCGGCGCCUGGGCUGGCCGCGCGCGCUCAUCGAGGCGCUGCAGGACCACUGCGCCAUCAUCGACUCGUCCUCCUCCUUCCGCGCCUACCGCAUGGCGCUCGCCGAGACGCAGCCGCCCUGCAUACCCUACAUUGGCUUAGUCCUGCAAGAUCUGACGUUUGUCCACAUCGGGAACCCGGACCUGCUGCCCGACGGCAGCAUCAACUUCACCAAGCGGUGGCAGCAGUACCACAUCAUGGAGAACAUGAAGAGGUUCCACAAAGACAGACAGUACAAGUUCAAGAAGAACGAGCGCAUCCAAGCCAUGUUCAACGAGUUCGACGACGUGCUGAGCGAGGAGGCCAUGUGGCAAGUCUCCGAGACCAUCAAGCCGCGCGGGGGCCGAGCGCGCGCGCCGCCCGCCGCGCCGCCCGCCACGCAGCAGGCCGCAGCCUAACUAGACUGGCGCCCGACUGCCGCUGAAUAAUAUGAAUCCCAAAGAUAGAACAAAAUAAUGGACGGAAGAAACAAUCCGCUCAAGAAAAUGACUAGGAGGAAUUGUGUAAGUUAGAAGAAUUGUGAUUAUCUGUCCUAAAAAGGCCUAAUUAAUAUUAGUGUAUUUAUUCGUAAUCGUGCGAUUUCAUCUGUGAUCGGUAUUCGGUCUGAGAGCGAAUGAGUCGUGGGCGGUCCGACGACGCCACGCGUGGUGCAUUUUAUUCGCUUGCAGUUUCCACGCUUUUCAUGUGAAACAAAUAUAACGAAAUACGAAAGCCAAAUAUAUCUAUCAGUAUUUGAAUCGAGUUACUGUCGUCUUUUACAUAUCAGCAUGUGACUUGAAUAGUUUACUAAAAAAUCGAGCAACGCCUUCGUGUUUAGCUAAUGUCAUUGAUAAAAAAACUUGUUGUACUCGCCAUUGGUGUCAAUAUGUAUGUAUACACAUGUAACAGCUUCGAAAGUUAACACUUUUCAAUACAUCGAAUUAGAGGAACUUUGAGAUCGUGUAGUUAUGGUAGUCAUACUACUGUUUGAUUAUAGUAACUUAGUCCGUCGUUCGUUAGGCAUUUCUAAUGUUCUCGUUUUAAUGUCGGUUACAUAAUAUUACUCUAUGGCGAAAGUUUCGAAAUUGGCUUAUGCGUAAGUUCGUAUAAGAAAUGGGACAGCUUCUUGGGUUUUCAGCUAAAUCGAAAUAAAUUUCGUUCUUUAUGCGGGGCUUCCAUAGAAUAAAUGAAAUAAAACUUUAACCCCGAUGAUUUGAUGAUACACACCUCUAGACAAGUAAUACAGACUAUAUGCAUACAUAUUUUUAUACCAUUGCACAACGUGCAACAGCCUACAUACAACUGAUACAUAUCAUUAUCGUGUGUGCCAAAUAACUAAGUGAGAGAAAUGUCCCAUUUCUGUAUAAAUAAAUCGGUUCAUCGAUAUAUAAUUACGAUUAAUAAUGAUAGUGCUUUAUGCGAUAUAGUACAAUUAUUAUUAUUAUUAUUAAUAUAGGGGCAUCCUUUCGAAUUUGUGGUAUAGCUCUCAGGUACAAAGUUGCACGCAAGUGAGAUUUUGCAUUUAAUGAAGCACGUUAUUAAACGAGUUGUAGGAUACCCCUUCAAAUUGCAGUCGACGUAAACGUAAUAAAACACAUUUCAAUGAAUGUGUAUUAUCGAUGCCCGUCUCUUCUAUUUUUGUGAUGUUUUAAAGUAAUUGUAACGCGAGGUCUUUGUUGGCGUUAGCGUUUCGCGUUGAUGCAUUUUAAUCGUAUCAUUACGGUCAUUGCGAUAUUUUUUGUAUUCUCUUGAAAUUAGUAAGAAAUUCAAUGCAUACUAUUAUUUUUGAUAUUCAGGAGUUAUAUUUUUCCUAUAGUUUGCUACCUACAAGGAAGCAAAAGAUUUAUGAGUAACAUACUUUUGAGAUCUAUACUUAUUUAUACUAAACGUCACGGUUUGUGUCAUUUUACUGUGUAAGCUUUAGAAACAGUAUAGGCUAUGAAGCCGUAGAUAGAAUGUAACUUUGGAACAUGUUGAAGUUCACUCGGUUUGAUAUAGAAACAAUAAUCACAUUUUUUAAUAUAUUGAUAGGAAAAUAAACAAAUAGUGUAAUCAGCAUUUAAUUUGCCUUAAGACCAAGAGUCUUCAAUGAAAUAGCAAUAAAUUUUACUUGUUGGUAGAAUCGCUGCACAAAUUGUGAUAUUCAUGUAGCGUGCCGCUUAAGUCCAGGGCACUCGAAAGUUGUCCAAAAUGUGCAUUGUAAUGGUAUUGAAACAUAACACGUAUAAGAAAUUACGUGAUUUAUCUGAAUAUCUGUACCUGAAAACUAUUGUUGUGAUGUUUUAGUGCACAUUUUAAACAACUUCCGCGAGUCCAGGAUUGUUCAGUCUUUUGACGUCCUCUAUGCGUACGCGUAGGCAAUUAUAUUAGGCAAAUAUUAGCAGUAAGCGUAAUUAAACCCCAAAUAUUGAUAAUAUUAAGAUCGUCGAGGCCGGUAAUGCACAUAGGCAAAAUGUGUAUUUAGUGUAAAAACCAGUCAGUUCAUACAAGCCUUAUUGUUGUACGAUUAUAUAGCAAAAAUAAUAAAUAUAUACAGUUGCGAUAUUUAUUUUAAUUAAUACACCAACGAGGGAUAUAACGUGGGCACAUUUUGAAUUGAACCAUUUAUUUUCUGAAUCAAGGUGUGAUUGUGACUUAUGAAAUAUGAUGUUUUAAUGAUUUUGUUCGUAACCAUCUAAUAUUCAGAUGGUUAUAAAUACAAGUUGGUUAUGCCAUAUGAAGGAAUCAACCAUUUUGCCUUAAUGGUUUCCAAUUUGUACUUUUUCUCUUUAGAGAUAUUAAUUACACCAUCUUACCAAGAAAACGUCAGAAUCACGUAUAACAUAGUUUGUUAUAUUAGGUUUUAUUUGAUUAAAAUCUCUGAAUUAAAAUCUGUGAAAUGGUGGGGCAAAUUAAAAACGAAGUAAAGUUAAGUAAUUGUUCAUUUUAAGUGACAUAUUUGAUUAUUUAGUGGGUGUAAGAAGUAAGUCAGGUCAGGAACAGGCAUGAGACGAGUAGUGUGAUACUGGUCUAUGAAUAUUAAUGUAAUUCGCAACGAUCUGGUAGUUUGUGUGUCGUUCAAAGGGACACGAGUCCCAUGCAAUAAAUAAACUAGACCAAUAUUUAGAAUGUUUUACAGUGCUUUACUGAAAUUAUGUGCUGAUAUUGUAUUUGUAUUGUAAAAUAUUUUGAUUGCUAGCUAAGUUGGUAGGGUAUGUUACCAUUUUGUUGUCUGCUAUUAAUAUUUAUUUAGUGUACCUAUAAAGUUAUGUAACGGUUUGAUAUAAUUAUUAAUUGAAACAUAAUUAAAGACUGCCUAAAUUAAUUAUUCAAUAUAAUUGACGUGUAAAUUUAAAGAAUUGUUUAAAUUUUCCAUUAUGUCACACGAUAGAUUGUACUCCCGUGAAUAUAGUGGCGCGCGACCGCGUCCGUCUUCUAAUAGCACUAAACAUGGCCGUUUAGUAAAUCGUACAUAUUUUUUUGUUGUAUUAGCAAGCUCAGUAUUAUGUUAAAAA